UCCUCUCUACACCUCCUACACCUCCUCCUCCUGCUCUUAUAUUUCGUAAUCUGACAGAGUUGCGGAUGUGCAGAGAAGAAGAGACGGAGGAUUAUUUCCAGAGAGGGACGAGGAGGAGAAGGAGCCGCGGAGCACACACACCUGAUCCCGACGGUCUACGGGAGCAGCGGGACCCGGUUCAGGAGGUCCGGGAGGUCCAGGAGGUCCGGGAGGUCCAGGAGGUCAGGGGGGUGGUGGGAGGAGAGACUGGACUGGACUGGAAGGCUUCUCGGUAUGAGCCGGUCCAUCCCGGGACCAGCUGGGAGGACCGGUGCCAGCGCUCCACCGGCGACCCGCCCCGGUCUAAGAUGCACCGGCACCGGCGCGGCUCGACUCUAACCCGGGACCAGGAACCAGACUCCAGACCAGCCCAGAGAAAGCACGAGGUUCACGACCACGGGACGGACCGGGAGGAAGGACCCGGGAUCAGAGAGCGGUGCGCCCCUGGGACGCGUAAAGAGCCGCAGAGGGAGGAGAGGUCCACGGUGAUGCUGCUCCGGUUCCCGGUUCUCUCCGCUCUCCUCGUCCUGCUUCUGGCCGCGGGGCGCUGCACGGCGGCGGCGGCCCUUCUCCGGGGCUCCGGGACCCGGACCGGGGCUCUGGAGGAGGUCGGCCGGUACCCGCGGUCCAGGACGGAGAUGCUCACCGGACACGGAGUGAAGGGAGGCCCGGAGAGGGGGGGCCGCCCCCACCACGGACUGGAUCUUCAUGCGCGACACAAAGAGAAAUUCAUCCGACACCUGACAGGUCCUCUCUACAUCGACCCCAAGUGCAGGAAACAGUUCCACAGACUCUACCACAGCACCAGGGACUGCACCGUACCGGCCUUUUAUAAACGAUGUGCUCGUCUGCUGACCCAACUGGCCAAGAGCCCUCGCUGCUCCAACAGAUAAACACUUGGUUGGAGAGGUUCUAGUUGAAAUUCGAAAACCAGUGGAACAUCUAGAACCUCCUGGUUCGGUUCUCUUCCUGGGACAGGACGGGACGGAGACGUGUUGCCACGACAACAGAGCUGACGAGAGGGGAGGGGCACGGACGAUGCUGCAGAUGAAGGAGUCCUGUUUCAGCUGGUGGAGGACAGGACACAGUCUGUCUCUGAAGUUUUGUCUCUGGAUCUGGAUCUGGAUCUAGAUCUGGACUGGAUCUGGACUGGAUCUGGAUCUAGAUCUGGACUGGAUCUGGACGGACUGUCUUUCUAGAGUCGUCCCGCAGCACAAACUCAGUGUUUUUGUUUUCUUAAAUUGAAGCUGCAGAACAAAACGAAACGAAUGGAUCUGAAGUAUUUAUGGUGUUGAAUAAAGACGCUGAUGUACAUGAAGACAUGAAGAGACUAAAGACACGUGGAGACUAGAGACAUAUGGAGACUACAGUAGAGACGAUGAUGAAGACAGGUGGAGAACAGAAUGAAGAUGUUGAUGUACAUAAAGACACGUAGCGACUAGAAUAAAGACACGUUUCUAUUUUCCCCAGAA